AUGGAUAUGCUUUCUUGUCACAGGUGCAGAAGCGUUUUUUUUUCUAGGAAAGGAUAUAUGCACGGAUCCCAGGAUGCAGGAGUAAUGUGGAGUCAGAUGAAUCCGCGAGCAAGGCAGGAACAGUUUCUGACGAAUGAAUUCCCUCAAGAUUUUACAUUUGAUACUAUGAGUAAUUUAAUGUAUAGAAUAUUUAUUCUUGGUCGCUCAUCGAAAGGCAGCAGAAUUCUUGAAAUGAAAGUGUUUAUCGAUGAGCACGAGAACAUGUUUCCAUUUAUCACAAGUCAAGUUUUGCAUGUGGACCCACUUGUGCAUGCUCCAAUCCAUGGAGUUGAAAUAAUUGCAACCCACAGUGCUGAAUACUUAUCUGCUGUCACGUGA